AUGUACGUAACAACCAAAGUCGAAUAUGGUGUACCAAGUUAUGGACAAACUAUCCGUGGUCAACCAGAAAUAAUUGUUCAAGUUCCAUGGACACAACAAUUUGCUCAAGCUUAUGAACAAUUUGUUAAUGGUGGUUAUGCUGCUAAUCAACAAAUUGGUGGUGGAUAUGGAAUUGGCGGUCAAUCAUUUGGUGGCCAAUCAUUUGGUGGUCAACCAUUUGGUGGUCAAUCAUUUGGUGGCGGAUACGGAAUUGGUGGUGGUUCAUCAUUUGGUGGCCAACAAAUUGGUGGUGGAUAUGGAAUAGGAGCUCAACGCGGUAGCCUCGGUGGUUAUGGAGGAGGUUUUCCUCAAAGUGGUGGUUACGGAGGAGGUUUUCCUCAAAGUGGUGGUUAUGGAGGAGGUUUUCCUCAAAGUGGUGGUUACGGAGGUAGUUUUCAUCAAGGCGGUGGACUUGGUGGUUAUGGUCAACAAAUCCAAGGUACUCCAAUUGGAUUUGCAAGGAAAAUUCGAUCAUUAGAUAAUGAUAAAUUUAAUAGUAUUGUUGAGAACUUUGUUGAUAAUUUAAAAUCUUUUAUUCAUGAUGAUAAUACAAUAAGUGACAAUAAUGAAUUAAGUGAACAGAGACAGAAAGUUAUUGAUGCAUUGGAUAUUAUAUCAAAAUCAAAAGAAUCAAACAGUGAUAGUGACGAACAAGAAAAUCUUGAUAAACAAGAGAUUGUAUCAAAUUACAUCGAUAUUGAUCAUCAUAAUGUUCCAGAAAAUAGUGAAGAAAACUAG